AUGUCUACGAAUGGAUUGUUGAAUAAGGUACAUAAAUUAUAUAAUAUGUUCUAUCUACAACAAAGUCCUUGUCACAUGAAUAAUGUGGUUAAGUGCUGGAAAUGGAAUGUCUAUGAGUUUAUUCGAAACCAAUGUGGCUCUAAAUAUGCUGUUCUUAUUUUAAAUCGAACUAUUUCACAAAACCAAAAUUUUGUCAAAAGCUUUUGGAACAAUGCAACCCUAAGAAUAACUGUUGAUGGUGGAACAGUUCAUUGGGACAAAUUUCUUACUAGUUUACCAGAAAAUGAACAAACAACAUUGAAACUCCCAGACUUUAUCACAGGAGAUUUUGAUUCUAUCACAGAAGAAGUACUACUAAAGUAUAAAAAGAAAGGUUGUGAGACAAUUCACAUGCCAGACCAAGAUCAUACGGAUUUUACGAAAGCAUUGAUGCAGCUAAAUAGCCACUGUUUGGAAACUAAUAUAGACUUAGAUCAUGUGAUCGCAUUAGUUCAAAGUUCAGGCAGAAUAGAUCAAAUUUUAGGCAACAUUCAAACCUUGCAUCUAGUCAAAGAACAGAAUUUGUUGAAACCACACACAAAGAUGUACAUAUUGUCAGACGACUCUAUUUCCUGGCUGUUGGAGCCCGGAGACCACAUCAUUGAUGUGCCAGAAGAAAGUAGAGGGUAUAAGAAAUCUUGGUGUGCUUUAAUACCCAUAGGAGAAGCUUGUGAAAAUGUCACUACUAGCGGAUUGAAAUGGAAUUUAGACAAACAACAAUUAAAAUUUGGUGGCAUAGUUAGCACUUCGAAUGCCUUCGACGGCUCUGAACAAGUUAAGGUCAAAUGCAGUCACACUCUACUAUGGGCUAUGAAAAUACCAGGCUUAGUGAAUAAA